CUUUGUGAAAGUCUACUGCAUAGUUGUAAUGUCAAAGGUCACAGAGGGUCUUGAUGUAAUGAGGAGCCUUAUGGGAAGGAGACAUCCAAUCUGAGAAACGAUGACAUAAGGGCUCUCGAUAAGAAGAGGCGUUUCUGUCAGUACAUUCAGUUGGAAUCAGAGUCACAACAAGCAACAGCGAUUCAUACAGUCCGGUCACGGUGGGUGCUGUAGCGAACAGAGAAGAAAGACAUUAAGACGUAGAGAGGUUUGGAAAUCAGGAUCAACAUAGGACACAACCACAUUCCCAGGAUGAUGCAUUUGAAGAAACUACUACUGCUGCUUUGUGUGCUUUCUGUAAAAGGUGUGUUUGGUGUUGAUGGAGAUGAAGUGAAGUCAGUGUCAGUGAUGGAGGGAGAUUCUGUUACUCUAUACACUGAUAUUACUGAAAUACAGACAGAUCAGCAGAUACUGUGGAUGUUUGGACCUAAAAAUAUUAGUAUAGCUCAAAUCUAUAAAGAGAAGGAUGUCUGCAAUCCAUGUGGGAGCUUCAAGAACAGACUGAAGCUGGACAGUCAGAAUGGAUCUCUCACCAUCACAAACAUCAACAUCACAGACUCUGGACUUUAUCAACUACAGAUCAUCAACAGCAUUGGAUCUUCAUACAAGACAUUUAAUGUUACUGUCUAUGGUUCUCAAGAGACUUCCAGCAGAUAUAUCUGGAUAGCAGCAGUGGUGGCUGUGAUCUUAUUUCUAGUAGCAGUAGCUGUAGCAGCAACAGUCAAAUACUGUAAGAGAAAUCAACAAACAUCACAAGACAUUCAAGAAGCAGAGGCGAUACAAAUAAAUAACAUAAACAAUCAUACGAAGCCUGACAGUGAAGUUACUGAACUACCGGUUUCAAAUGGAGUUAAUCACCCUGUUUAAUGCACUCCAUAAUAUUUGAAAAUAUGAGCAUUGAGUCAUCAGCAAUUCUUUUCCCAUCGUUUUUUGUCAAUGCAGUCAGUAGACAGCAACAGCGCCCGACUGCAAAAUCCGACGAGCCCGCCUCGUCAUCGCGAAAGUUUUUUGGCACACGUCAACGUGACAUCCCAAAUGGCGCACUCCGGACUUGUGGACUUCAUCAGAGUCCACACUUUGAUGACAUCAUGUAGUGCAGACCUUAUGGACCCUUGACGCCAGUCCACGAGGGGGCACUGGAGUCACGCCAGAAAUAGGAAGAGAAGUGGUGUCCAUGCUUGCCCAUCAGUGUGAACUCUUCCCAUCGGUCAUCUGAUUGCUCUUUCGCAAGGACUUCUGUCUGGGUUGGUAAAGUGUGUGGAGCAUGCGCCAUCAUCAAAGGUGCAAAGGGGGCACUGAUGAGCACACUUCAGGGCAUAAAAAUGACAGAUGGGACACACUACGGACCUAAAGUGCACCAUUUGGGACAGGGUCCAGAAUGACUUCUUUAAUGAUUUAAUGGCGGUUGGCAAACCAACUUAUAAUGUGCGUCCCUGCCACCUACUGAAAAGGAGUGUGAAUCGCAUAAUAGAAAGGAAGUUUAAAACUAUAGAACUACUAAAAUAAUUAACUCCUGAUAGAUUCUUGAUUGUUUAGGAUCCUCUCCUAGGAGA